AUGUAUCGGGUUGUCCUCGACAAUGGUAACCCUGUAUCGAGGCUUGCCUUGAUGAGGGAAGGUGGUUCUAAGGAACAACACUUGCAGCAUUUACAAUUAGUUUUACAGUUGAUGAAGGAGCACCAAUUAUUUGCUAAGAUGAGCAAAUGUUCUUUUGGUACUACACAAAUUGAGUAUCUGGGGCAUGUCAUUACAGCAGAAGGAGUUACUACUAGUUCUCACAAAAUUCAAUUUGUGCAAUGUUGGCCAAUUCCUCAGAACAUUAAGCAGUUAAGGAGCUUCUUAGGGCUUACAAGCUAUUAUCAGAGAUUUAUUCAAGGGUAUGGAAGACUAGCUAAACCACUUACUGAACUUCUCAAAAAGGGAGCAUUUGAGUGGAAUGAAACAGCUCAGGAGGCUUUUAUUACUCUCAAACAGGCUAUGAUUAAUGGACCUGUAUUAGCCUUGCCAAACUUCUCCAAACCUUUCAUUGUGGAAACUGAUGCUUCUGGAGAAGGCAUUAAAGCUUUUUAA